AUGCCACCAAAGAAGAAAUUGUCGGGUGCUCAAUUCAAGCAGAUUCGCGAAGAGAAAAAGGCUGCAGCAGUAAAAAAUAGUGGUAAUAUCCAGCAAUUCUUCACGAGGAAAUUACCAUCAACGCAGACUGCACAAUCGCAAUCAGAAGACGAAAAUGAUGAAUUGAAUAGAGAACAAAACAUGGAAGUGCAAUGCAACGAUACGCUUUCUGAGACGGAUUCCUCAAAUCAGCACAGAGUGGGACAGGAAGAAGAUUCGAUUGAAAUCAAUUUCAAUAAUCCCAAAACAUGGAAAAUUGAUAAAAAUUCCAUCAAAUUAUAUAUCGAACAGGGUCCUAUCAAUGGUGACGAUAUUUCCGUGUACCCAGUUACAAAUAAUAGACGUUUUGAGAAAAAAUGGUUUACUCGAACUAUGACAAAUGGUGAGAAAGUACACAGGAACUGGUUGAUCUACUGUGAACAGCUUGACUCUCUGUUUUGUUUUCCGUGUAUCCUCUUCAACGAUGACAGGAGCAGCAUUUGGUUGAACGGCUUCAACGACUGGCAACAUCUCAAUCCCUAUUUACCGAGACACGAAAACUCGACGUCUCAUAGAUCCAAUUAUAUAAAAAUGAAAACAUUUGAGAAGAAGUUGAAAUGUGGCGGUUUCAUCGAUGACCAUCUUCUCAAAGAAUUUGAUAAGGAAAGAGCAAAGUGGCGACAUAUUUUAAAAGUGAUACUCGAUGCAAUUUUCCACUGCGUCAAAAACAACGACGCCCUUAGAGGUAGCAGUGAAGUAAUUGGGCGACCAGACUGUGGAAAGUUUUUGAACACUAUUGAAUUGAUUAGCCACUAUGAUGCCACAAUAAAAAAACAUAUCGAGACACACAAUAAAGGCACAAUCUCAUAUUUUUCACCGGCGAUUCAAAACGAAUUGAUCAAUUUGGCUGCCCAGCAAGUGCAAUCACAUAUAAUUAGCGACAUAAAAGCAGCUAAAUAUUUCUCAAUCCUCUUCGAUUGUACGACCGACAUUUCUCACAAAGAACAGAUGGUUCAAAUAAUUCGGUACGUUAAAAUCGAAAACAAGAAAUGUACAAUUGAAGAAAGCUUCAUCACGUUUAUUAACACCGAAGAAAAAACCGGUGAAGGUCUUUCGGGAGAAAUUCUUGAUAAAUUAAGAAAAGAUGGGCUAGACAUUGCAAAUGUACGAGGACAGUCUUAUGACAACGGAGCUAAUAUGGCAGGCAAAUAUAAAGCCUAA